UCAAUUAAUUAAGUGUCACGCCACGCAUCCGAAUAGGAUUGGUUUAAUGCAUCCUUAACAAAAACCGUCGACAAAGCGAAAGCAGAAUCCGACGCCGUCUCAACUCCUCAUCCAAAACAUCCCAACCGUCGUUCCCGCCACGUGCCGCUUACACGGUUCGCCGCAUAAAUAUCCAUAGCGCCAAAAUCAAAAAAGUCGGUUACACAACCUUCGACGGAAGGGGAACGAAUCGGGCCCCACUCAACCGACUUCUUGAAAUACCGUCCGGCCUGCCGGCUUAGUUUGACAGAAAAGUGGUGGUCACGCCGCCGUCCGUUCCAUUAAACAACGAUCCAUCUUUUACGACUUUCCAACUGCUCCCACGCCCUCUUCUCUAUAUUGUGACGUGUCAUCUUUUUUGGCUCUGAAGCAGAUUCACAACCGUAGAUUUAUCGUUGCGUUUUUUUACUUUUUACCUGUCUUCAUCGAUCGUCCCUGAUAUCGGAUCAUUUUUACGGCCCCAAUUACUGAGAGAUCCAAGUGUGAUAAAAUGAAAUGUUAUGAGCCAGACCCUGAUGUGGUUCGGUGGGGUCUCCAUCUUAUAGAUGUUUGCUCUAUCAAUGAUGGUGGUUCUCCUGUCACCAUUACUCAGUAUGACAGGGACUUAUCUCAAACUGAACUGAUUAGAGAAGGUUAUAAUGGUACUUCAUACUUACCUCAAACUGAACUGCUUAGAGAAGGUUAUACUGGUACUUCAUACUUACCUCAAACUGAGUUGAACAAAGAAGAUUGCUAUGUUCCAUCACAUGCUAAUGUGGAGAACGAUGAGAUAAUUGCUCAUACCCUUCAAGAGGAAUUAUCACGAAUUGCGAUUGCUGAAUCCUCAGGAUCUUCAUAUGUUGAGGAAGAACAUCAGAAAGAGUCAGUUCUUUCUCAAGAUUGGCUUGGAUCUUCAAAGAGACACUGCAACUUUGGGUACGAGAGGAAUUGUGAAAUGUCAGUUGGUCCGAGUGGUCAAGAUCUUUUGCCUCAGAUUGAAGAUGAAUCUACUCUUGAUGGUGAAGUGGGCAAAAGAUUGAACCAGUCCCAGAUGGUUGCUGUUCCUCAUGUUCCUAAAAUUAAUGGAGAAAUACCUUCAGUUGAUGAAGCUACUUCAGAUCAUCAGAGGCUGAUGGACAGGCUUGAGCUAUAUGAUCUUGUUGAGUCUAAAGUUUCAGGAGAUGGCAACUGUCAGUUCCGGUCACUGUCAGACCAAAUAUAUCGUACUACUGACUAUCAUAAGUUUGUGAGGGAACAAGUUGUCAUUCAGCUCAAAUCCCACCCAGAGUUGUACAAGAGUUAUGUUCCUAUGGCUUACGAUGAAUACCUACGGAAAAUGAGCAAGACUGGUGAAUGGGGCGAUCAUGUCACGUUGCAGGCUGCUGCAGAUGCGGUAUCAGCUGCUUUCAUUUUCUCCUGUGCUCUAUGCCUGAAAAAUCAACUCAGAACAUCUUUCCUAACUAAUUUUGGUUUUAAGAUAUUCAUCAUCACAUCGUUCAAGGAUACAUGCUACAUCGAGAUACUUCCUCACAUGCAGAGAUCGAAGAGAACUAUUUUCUUGAGUUUCUGGGCAGAAGUACAUUAUAACUCCAUAUAUCCAAUAGGAGAUCUCCCUACAGGCGAGCACGACAAGAAGAAGAAGAAAUGGUGGUGGCUUGGGAGUAGCCGUUGGGCGACUUCCCCGAAUGAAGUUUGACACAGGAAGUCCAUGUCUCUUCUCUCUGGGGAAGAAAGACUGACUGCUAAGGAAAAAACUGAAUCUGAGUUGAUUGUGUAUAUUGUCAUUUGUUAGCUAGCUUUCCCCCCUCCCCUUUUUGUAUAGCAAUUUUGCCUAGUCUUUUUGUUCUCUCUAUUUUUAUCAUUCAAAUUCAUUGGACAAAAACCUUUUCUGCCUAAAUAAAUGUAGUCAAAAGAUGAUGGACCAUUGAUAUAAGAUUCAUUUUUAGUAUA